CUUAGCUACUGAGGAGGGACUCCAAGUUUUGGAAAAAUUUUUUGACCUAAGAUGGAAAAAGUGCACUCGUUAUCAUCCAUUACCAUCAAUUAGUACUGAACCCUCCCUUGCAUCAAUAAUGUUAGCUGGUCUGUACCCGCCUCAAGACAAUCCGCUCCGUCAUAAAGCAAACACUCACUAUUGCUAUCAUAAGAAAUUUUUCGAAGAUAUGGUUGAAGUUGAUGUGGGACCGUGUUCUGGAUUACACCGAAGAUCUAUGCAGUAUGAAAUACUUGGUCAAAAUGAAAGGUUUAUUAAUGGGUCUAUUUUGUCGGAUCUUGACAAGGAAAUUUAUAUUUCCUUGAAGGUCUUUGACAAUAAUCUGUAUCCUAAUAUAUAUAAAUGGAAGAUGAAAAUGGCAGCUUGCUUACAAGAAAAAAUGGCAAAUGUUCCUAAUUUUGGUGAAUUCAAUGCCUUGAAGCCGAUUCCUGUACCAAAAGUUUUAUGUGCAAGGCGUUCCUCACCAUUAAGUAAACGCAAGAAAGUGUAAAGAUUUCUUUCAGGGAUUAAACAUUUGAAGAUUGAUUCAAUGUGAUGAAUAUUUUUUUUGAAUGUUUUAACAUAAAGCCAUAUUAUUUUCUUUACAAUGUAUGUGACAUUGCACAAUUUUUUCUUUAUACUGUUUGCAUACGUUGUACAUAUGCAAGCAAAGUUUUAA